AGACUGAAGUCCAAUUGUCCAAAGCUCCGAAGUCCAAACCCUCGCUUCUCCUCGGUCUCCACUGCCCGGCGCUGUUCGGCCCUGGCCGCCACCGCCGGACCAAAGGGCGGCCGGCGGCAGCUGCCAUCAGCCUAGCCAGCAUGGCGUUUCUCUUCAACAAGUUCCAGGAAGCAAUCAGAACACUAGCAAAGAAUCCCAAGUUUGCUCGAGACCCACGACAUCUUCAAUUUGACGCUGAUGUAAAUCGUUUAUUUCUCUAUACCAGCUAUUAUCGUUUGGGAGAGCAUUCUGAAGAAAAGGAUGCAGAGGAGAUUAUUGACAUGGCUAGCAAAGCAUCUGUUGUUGACCAGCAGAAACAAGUGCAGGGGAAUGUUCAUUAUCAACUUAAGCAUAUGUGCCAAGCAAUGGAUAGCAUUCUUCGACCUGAUAUAAAGAAUGAUCCAUCACAGUCUCCUUCAGAUACUCAUAAUAAGUCUCGACGAAGUGGCUUGAGUUUUGCCGUUGGCACAGGGGUUUCAUCUGCAAACAAGCCAGUUGUUCCGGCUACUCGACCUUUAACUCAAGCUGAACUGUCAAAUAAAUUCAGGGAUCAGUUUGGCUACACCCUUGAUAUCAGGCCAUCAGGAAUUCCUCACAAAGAUGCAGGGCAAGGUCUGUUCUUAUCUGGAGAAGCUAGAGUUGGUGCUGUCGUAGCCAUCUACCCUGGAGUUAUAUAUUCACCUGCUUAUUAUCGAUAUAUCCCUGGGUACCCAAGAAUUGAUGCAUGCAACAGCUAUCUUAUUACAAGAUAUGAUGGAACAGUGAUCAACGCAAAACCAUGGCAUUUAGGUGGUGAAACAAUGGAAUUAUGGGAUGGUUCACAUUUGGUGGACUACAAUUCAACGCCAUCAACAAGCCCGGAGAGCAACUCUGAUCGGGCAUGGAGGAUGCUUAACAAGCCCCUGGUGAAGAGUCGCAAUGAAAACUUUGGGGAAGUGCUUGAACGACGAAAUCCUCUAGCGUUUGGUCAUUUUGCGAAUCAUCCACCGGGAGGGUCAACUCCUAAUGUCAUGAUCUGCCCGUAUGAUUUCCCAUUGACAGAGAAGGACAUGAGAUUAUACAUCCCUAACAUAACAUUUGGUGGUGAAGAGCCUGUUACAAUGAAGAGAUUUGGCUCCUUCUGGUUCAAGUCUAGAGGUUCUGGUCAACAAACUGGGGAGUCUUCAGUUCUGAAGACGCUAGUGCUAGUGAGUACAAGGUCCAUACGUGAUGAAGAAAUCUUCCUGAACUACCGGUACAGCAGCUCAAAGGCGCGACCGGAGUGGUACACCCCAGUAGAUGAAGAAGAGGAUAAGAGAAGAUGGAGCUAGCUUUGAACCUCUCAGCUGUACCAAUCCGCCUGUAUUGUUCUCUCAUUGUUAGCCCCAAUACUGAUAUGGCAACAUUUUCCAUAUUUCCAGAUGGACGAAUAGUCUGCCGCCGCAUUUUUCAGCGUGAGAAAAGUAGGCUGCCUCUGCUAAACUCUUCUCAAAAGUUCUUUCUGUACUAAUAAAGAAUACGAAUUACAUCGUCAUGUUCUUUGAACUAGAAUUUACUAUUCA